AUGGGCAAGAUUACAUACCAUGCUUUCAAUCAGCUAAGCUCUGAAAGCGGUCACACAUACAAACUAAUACAGCUACCUCCAGAUGUCCUUAGUCAUAUAGAACAUGGCUCGGAGCCGUUACAACUUAAAUCAUCUCCUGGUGAACUGACAGACUUGACACUUUGCACUAACAACAAAUCAUGGAGGAUAAGACAAAUGAACCACUCCAAUACUGUUUUUCUUCUUAAUGACCUCAAUAUCAACUGCAUGGGCCAAAAAAUUCAGCAUGACAGUAAUAAAGAAAAUGAGCCUAAUAAGACAAUCGAAACUCUGAAUAUGUUGAUGGGGUUUGCAAGCAAUUCCUUUGAAUACGAACUUACGUCUACUCCUGGCAGCAUCAACGCAGACAGGUUACCCAUUUACGAUGGAAAUGAAUUCAAACCCACAGGAUAUAGCGAGAAAGAUCUCUUGUUAGAUUCUCCAGUAUCAAAGAAUCAAUUUUACAAAAUAUGGUACGACCUAUGUGGCUGCGAAGUACAUGGAAGUGCAGUUAUACUAUCCCGAAAAUUCGUUACUGACUUUUUGUCUGUGCUCAUUCCUGUCAUAAUUAGCAUUGAUGGAGCAUAUUCUAGUGAAGAUUACAACCUUGAAGUAAAACAAAUUCUGGAACUUUUGGCAAAGGAAAAUGAGUUGUAUACUCCAGAAAUAUGCUGGAGUAUCUUUCAUAAAUUUGGCGACGUGCAUGAAGGUAAGUUUAAACUCAAAAACAUUGUUAUCACUCGAUGGUUUGGCAUUCAAGCUUUAUCACGUCAGACUCAGCCUAUGGACUGCAAGCAAUUUCUUCUUCUUUGGAAAGGCAGUCUUCCUCAUUUUUACAACGUGCCCUUGGAUUUGGAACAACUCAAGGGUUAUUACUUCAAACCGACAAGCACCCUGGUUCAGUACUUAGAACCCAGCUCCCUCUCUCACGCUAACGCUGGUUCGCGAAUAAAGGAACUUUUCCUGGUGUCCAAAGAAUGGGACCUUGAUGAUUUUAUUCCAUUUAUACAGGAAUUCAUACCAACUGGCAAGAAGCCAGACAGCAUCAUCUUGAAAUAUGCAAAGAAGAAGCGAAUGGGAAAGAACCGCUUCGUCGUCUGUCCCCGGUGA